AUGUUUAUGUGGUGUGAGCGCAUUUCGGCGACCUUUGCUGGUGUCAUCGUGGGGCUUUGGUAUGCAAAGACAUUCCCCGCCGAAGAUGGCAAGGACAGCAAGGACAACAAAGGCAAGGACAAUAAAAAGAAGUAGUAGGACCCCGUAGAGAUGCCUUCCAUCCAUCUAAGGACUUAGAUAGUCUGUAAGAUAUUGAUUUAACUUUUUCAUUUUCAUCACAUAAGCUCCGCAAGAAAUGUCAAGAUAAUGAAAUGACAUUUCAAAAAAGCCAAGCGACGAGAAAUUCAGUUGCUUUAAAACCCUGAAUAACAAUAUUCUCGGCGCGCGAGAAAUUGAGAAAAAAACUAAAUCAUCGAUAUGCGAAGAUCGUGCAGACCACGUCCAUCGAUCCUAUCGCGACUCAAUUGCGGGCCAUGCAAUCGUGUUCUGUUCUUCUCGAUUGGCGUGGGACUUGGCGUACUUAUAGUGCGUCAAAAGGAUCGGAUCAAAGAGGAACUACAGAAUGCCAGCAGCGAUAAGAAAUCAAAGCCCAAGGACUAAGUUGAGAAUAUCGAUGGGGAGUCUGGAUUGCAAUGUGCGGAUCUUACUACUGGAAUUGAAUGACGAGCUAAUUCAACCGGAAGAUGACAACAUAUGAUUUAGUAUGUGUCAGCCUCCGGCUUUAUAGAACGGCCUUCAAUGCGUGUAACACCCGAACACCUCUGGACAGUCAAAACCACUAUUUGAAUCUCUCUUUUUCUCGCUAAUCUGUAAAUUUAAAAUUUUAGUAUUGCAACAUUAUUAAAUCAGUCGAACUAAUUGAAUUGUAAUAAUUUUAAUUGGUAAUUUUUGGUAAUACGUUUUAUAACGCUUUAAACAUUUUGUAAAUUUUGCAUUUUAUGAUCGAUGGCUUCAUUUUCGCACAUUAUGAAAAAUUUAUUUCACUUCUUCGCUGCCUUUUCCUCCUUUUCUUUCUUCUCCCUCUCCUUUUGCUCUUUCGCCUUACGCUCCUUGUCUUUCUUCUCCUGCUCCUUACGCUCUUUCUCUUUUCUAUCUUUCUCUGCCUUCUCCUGCUUUUCUUUCUCCUUGCGCUCCUUCUCUUUCUGCUUGGGGUCUUUGUUCGCCUCCUCUUCGGCCUUACGUGCCGCUUCCUUCAGUUUGUCAUAGUAAAUCGCGACUCCUGC